UGAAAGAGCAAAAGCAAAAUUUGGGGGGUGUUUGGGGCUGUGCCCUGUGAGAGGGCCUCGGCCCUGGUGGGCCACAAUGGGGUUCAGAGUGUUUGAAGGGAUUUGGGGUGUCUGGCACUAUGCCCUGAAUGAACAGGGACAGAGUUUUGGGGUGUUUAUUUGAGGAGUUUUGGGGUCUUUGGGGCCACAGCCCCAGGGACACACACAGACAUUGGGGGCCUUUAUUUGAGGGGUAUUUUGGGGACCAGCCCUGAGCACAGACACAGAGGUUUGGGGUAUUUCAGGGGAUUUAAGGUGUAUGGGGGCAUAGCCCAAGGGACACAGAGAGGUUUGGGGAAUUUCAGGGGAUUUGGUGGCACAGUCUUAGGCACACAGACAGAAAAUUGGGGUGUUUAUUUGGUGGUUUUGGGGGAUGCAGACUCAGAGGUUUGAGGUGUUUAUGAGGAUUUAGGGUGUUUGUGGGCACAGAUACAGAGGCUUGGGCUGUUUCUGGAGGGGUUUUGAGGAGCACAGCCUUGCAAACACACACAGAGGCUCACUGGUUUCUUGGGGGGUUCCGAGGCUGUUCGGGGCUCACCGCGGCAUUGUCCGGCGCAGGCGGGUCGCGAUGGUGAAGCUGUUCAUCGGGAACCUGCCGCGGGAGGCGACGGAGCAGGAGAUCCGCUCCCUGUUCGAGCAGUACGGGAAGGUGCUGGAGUGCGACAUCAUCAAGAACUACGGCUUCGUGCACAUCGAGGACAAGACGGCGGCCGAGGACGCCAUCCGCAACCUGCACCACCACAAGCUGCACGGCGUCUGCAUCAACGUGGAGGCCAGCAAGAACAAGAGCAAGGCCUCCACCAAGCUGCACGUGGGCAACAUCAGCCCCACCUGCACCAACCUAGAGCUGCGUGCCAAAUUCGAGGAAUAUGGCCCCGUCAUCGAAUGUGACAUAGUCAAGGACUACGCCUUCGUGCACAUGGAGCGGGCCGAGGAUGCCGUGGAGGCAAUCCGGGGGCUGGACAACACCGAGUUCCAAGGCAAGCGGAUGCGCGUGCAGCUGUCCACCAGCCGGCUGCGGACGGCGCCCGGGAUGGGAGACAAGAGCGGCUGCUACCGCUGCGGGAAGGAGGGGCACUGGUCUAAGGAGUGCCCGGUCGAUCGCCCGGGGCAAGUGGCGGACUUUGCCGAGGCCUAUAACGAGCAGUACGGAGCCGUGCGCACUCCCUACACCGCGGGCUAUGGGGAGACCGUGUAUUACGAUGAGGCCUACGGCGGGAUGGCCGACUACUACAAGCGCUACCGCGUCCGCUCCUACGCCACGGCCUCGGCGUACGACGCCUACGCGGAGCAGACCAUGGCCCAGUACUCCCAGUACGCCCAGUACUCCCAGGUCCAGUCCUCGGCCAUGGCCGCCACCACGGCCAUGGCCGGCCGCAUCCCCACCACCUUAGACGCGUACGACCGAGCGCUGCUGCCCACCCCGGGCGCGGCGGCCGCCGUCGCCGCCGCCGCCGCCACCGCCGCGGCCGCCGCCGCGUCCUCCACGUAUUACACCCGGGACAGGAGCCCCCUGCGCCGCACGGCCGCCGCGGCCAGCACCGUCGGAGAGGCGUACACGUACGAGCGUGGGCAGCUGUCGCCCGUCUCCUCGGUGGCCCGGGCGUCCCUCUACGACAUGCAGCGCUUCGGGCGGGACCCGUACGCGGACCGGGCGCGAUACUCCGCCUUUUGAGCCGGAGGUAAGAUUUGUGCGGCUGGACGUCGGGGUCCCGUCGCACACCGACUCGGCGCCGCGCGUCUCGGGCCGCGCCGGGUGCCACCGCCGCCGCGUGCCGCUCCGGGGCCCGUUCCUUACGGACACGCGGCUUGUCCUCAGCCCGGGCAGGAUUAGCUCAGCCCCUCCCCCAGCUUCCCCCGCCCCCCUGGGCAGGAUUUUGCUUUUCCAGGUAGUUUUGGGUCCCCACCCCAAGCUCCGGUGUGAGCGUGCAGCUGCAGCCGACCCCCAGCACCAGCUUUGCUUUGCUUCGCCGCCCCCUCGCUCCCCCGGAGCUCUUCCCAAGUCGUCGUCUUGCCUUUUUUUUUUUCCUUUAUUUUUUAAGAGGGUGGAUAAUCCAGUGGUAGGUUUUUAGCCCAACGCCGUAGCUGAUCGGAGGCCGCCGCGCCGGCGGGGGUGGAACCCCCCGAGUGAUUUAGAGUCCCCCGACCCCACUUUCCGGUAAAAUAAAACUCAAAAUUUUUAACAAAUGG